AUGGGGAGACGGCAGCGUUGGGUGGAGUGGGACACUGUGAGAGGAGAUGUGAUGACACAUUGGGGUCGGCACUGGUGGGUUGAUGUCGUGCAGCAGCGGCUGAGUAGUAAACUUCAGAAUGGACUACGACGACAAGUGAAGAUGCAGGCAGGGGGUGAGAAGCAGAGACGGGAUGAGUAUGCGGAAAAGAGGAGACAAUGUGAUGACAGGGACGAUUGA